GAAAUUGGAGGUGAGGACAAAUGGGACUCUAUAUUCGUUCCCUUAAGAAUGAGGACAUCUCUGAUGCCCUGGUUUGGAACACCUCAUCCUGGGUGCAGAUGCCGCGUAGAUGGAUGAAUUGGGAGUAAGGGAUAGAAUCCUUACAGGAAGCAGGGUGGGAAGAAGUGUAGUCCAGAUAGCCAUGGGAGUCAGUGAGUUUAAUUAUUAUUGCCUCAACUUGUGUGGUAAGGUGUAAAUGGUGGAGGAGGGUGAAAUUCAAAUCCGCGUUGAGGGACAAACUUUGUCCGAGUCUGUGAGGGAAGGGGAUUAGUGUCUUGGAGUUGAAUAUUGGUCAGAUGAAAGGGGGAUUCAGUGCUGACUGUUGUUCAAGGCUGCAGGAGAGGAGAGGAAAUCACUGUUCCUGCAAAGUUACAUUUAAUUGCGUGAACUUGACGUCAAUAUUCCAUUGUUACCACUUGCAGAGAGAGAGAGAUAUAGAAAGGAAUCGGAUGUUUCAUUCUCAGUGUAUUACCAUACAUAAAACAUUGGUUGCAGCAGAUCUGGCAGAGUCAGAAAGAGAGGAUGAGAUGGAUACUGGAAUCAGCGCUGACUUUGGUCAUAAACACACUGUGGAUGCAAAACAUAGUCACGGUCAAGGAUCCUUGUAAGUGUAGGGAUCAAACUCUGUGCAAACCCAUCUCUUCAAGCCAUCGAACUGAGGUCUUUGCAUUUCACCUUGAUCAACACGACUGGGCGCAAUAUCAGUGGUCGAAGAUUACAACGAUUGUAGUGUCUGGUGAUGUGGAAGCUAAGUUCUACUGUAUCGCCCAUUCACAUAACAUUAGACUUGUCUUGAAAGAUAUAACAAUGAGUCAGUUGAGAAACGACGCAACGAUGAAAAGACAUCUGUUCAUGGCAGUAUGGAGUGUUGAAAAAUAUAGCUUGGAUGGAAUUUAUAUGCUUUUCAGUUCUAAAUUAAAAAAAGGAUCUACGAAUUAUCAUGAUUUUACCCGGAUGGUGAACAAAACUGCGUCCAAAUUUUACAAAACAUUACCUGGAAGUAAGAUCACCAUUAAUGUGCCUUGGACUCCGAGCUGCAAGAAUGAAAGAUGCUUUGACUUUUUGGCGAUUUCAUCUGUUAUUGACUUGUUAUUUGUUGAAUCCUUUAACAUUCACAAAGGCAUGAAGGAAACAUGUGUUGCAAAGUCAAUUUCGUCUUACCAUGAUGUGUUUGCAGGUCUCUCUGACUACAUCAAACUGGGCAUUGAAUCCAGGAAGCUUGUGAUGGGCGUUCCAUGGUAUGGUUAUGACUACACUUGCAAGCGUAUCCCUCAGGAUGGUGUGUGUGAAUUGAACUGUAGUCAUCCAGUAAAAAAAUUGAUCCCGUAUAAAACAAUUAUACAACACCUGCCAAGAUCAAUGACUGGAAAGGUGUGGAACGAUGACCAGAGUGCCCCAUAUGCUGUCUACAUGGAUGGUAAAUCCUACCACCAGAUCUGGUAUGACGAUCCAGAGAGCAUUUCAAUGAAGUCAACUCUCUUGAAGAGGUUCAAACUCGGUGGCAUUGGUGUGAUGCAACUAACUGACGUGGACCACAGUAGAACCGCCUGGGCAAUGUUACACGCUGAGGAAAUGUGGAAUGCCCUCUGUCCUCCAUGAAGAUCAUCCUGUGCUCAAAACAUUUAAUCUCUGUAUAAUCUAUCGCUUAGCUUUCCAAGGAAACAGAACAAUAAUUAGCUACUUUCUAGUGUCAGAAGUGAACUAAAUAUUUAUCUGGAAAACAGAUUAACGUUUUAUCCAAUAAAUUGUAGCAAAAUACAAAGAGAGGUAGCAAUGAAUUUGCACAUGGAUGGAACAUGGUGGGCGAGCAGGAGAACAGUGGGACCCUCUCUCUCUCCCAUCCCCCUCUGUGAUUCCUGCAGCUCCCCUGCUCUUUGACUGUGUUGUGGCCUAGGCUCACCAAUCAAACCUGCCUCACCUGUAUCCACCUAUCACUUGCCAGGCUUUGUCCUGCCCUCUUUUCUCUUCCAAGUUGCUUCCAUGUCCCCCUAUUCCACCCAUCACAAUCAGUCUGAAGAA